AUGCGAUUUCAAGCCCUCGUGCCUGUCAUUUGCUCCCUCGUAGCUUUCAUCCUAUCGUUCCUAUGUCUCUUCGCGGGAAAUAAGCCUGGUUUUAUGGAGGACUACAGUCUAAUCACUAUCAACACAUCCACGAUCGGUCAGGGCUACGUUGACGAGCUCCUCACCAGCGACUCUGACAACCCCCUCGCCGACAUCUGGAACCAAAUCAGCGAACCUAUAGCUGAUGCACUCGACGAUGGCCUCGAAUCGGUUACCGAAGCCCUCGGCCUACAGGACUGGUACUCAGCCCAUCUCAUGAAUUAUUGCGACGGCACAUACACGCCGACUAGCCAGCCCAACGCCACCAUCUCCUCAAGCGACAUCCACCAGAACAUCAGCAACUGCUCGUCCGCAGCCGCGCUAUUCAGCUUCAACCCGAGAGUGGCCCUGGAGCAGAAUCUGAAUAAGACACGCCUGAACAUCACACUCGAUGAACUGCACUGGCCCAGCGCGAUCGACGACGCAGUAAGCACGCUGCGUGGCGCGUACGAGGCUGUUUUUGUGCUCUACUGUCUCGCCAUCGGACUGAUAUUCUUCUCCUUACUUGGUAGCCUUGUGGGCAUCCUCGCUCUAGGCCGUUACACCGCUCUCGGGAAUGUUGUACUAGCUGGGCUGGCGUUCCUGGCGGUUGGGCUGGCGAGUGCAGUUGUCACGGCCGUCAUUGAGAUUGGUGGGAAUGCCAUUAAUAAGUAUGGUAACGAUGUCAGUAUAGAGGCGAAGAAGGGCAGCAAGUUCCUGGCCCUGACAUGGGUCGCUACUGCGUUGAUGUUUGUGUCAAUGGGGACUUGGGUAGUGUUUUGGGUCUUGGGGAGGAGACAUUCGAAGAGGGUGUCGGAGAAAGGUUAUAGCUCUUAG